AGGCCAUUGAGGCCCAAGCCACCUGCAGGGCAGUAGAGGUAUCGCAAUCAGCAGCGUGUGGUCGCAAACCGGCCAGUGCCCCAUCAACCAUGCUCAGCCAGCGCACAUAUCUUCGAGAAGGUGAAGCGGCCCCCGCCCAGCAGAGGAAAGGCAAAGGGGUGCGUCCCGACUCUGAGUGGCUGAGCUCGGCCCCCACGCGAUGCCCCACGUCCGAGCUGUUAGCUUUCGGCGAGGACCAGGACGCCAACGUUCACAACGAGACCUGGGGCGCCACCGCGCUGCCGAGGGACGGCGAUGAGCCGGCGCUCUUGGAGACAACGCUUCUCCAGGCGCUGCGCUUCGGGAGCGGGCGCCCCCAGAUGCGGUCUGCGAUGCCAGCGUCGAGGGUGCCCCCGCUCAGGCGCCUCCGGUCCGAGGCGUUCUGGGAGCAGAAGGCGGCUGCCGUCCGGCGGCCGGCAUGCUCGCCCUGGGAGGCGGCCGUGAGGCAGCGCCGCCCGUGCCUCGACGAACGCGACUGCUUCGGGCCACCGGCGGUCGCGACGCCUGCAGCAGAAGGCACCGAAGGCGACGGCGCCGGUGGCAGCCCCAAGAGCUGGGCGGGCGCCAUCUCCAGGGAGUUGCGCCGCGGGGCGCGCAGGCCCGUUGCAGCGGCAGCCCCGCCGCAGCGUUCGGGCCCGCUCUGAACUGGCGCGGCCAGUCGUACCACCCGGCUUGGAGCCGGUAGGAACCGCUACUGGGGUGAGUUGGAGUGCCGAGCUAUCUUGCCAGCGUUUGGCCGCGUCCUUGGCGAAGCAUGCAUUCACUUCUGAUGUGCCUCUCCUACUGUCUGCAGUUCCAGUGGCGCAUCGUGGUAGCCUGGAGCCUGCUGCUCCUGGAACUGCUGACACUUAGUGCCAGGCUGUCGUUCUGGCGUCCGGCGUCUAGCCGCGUCCAGGGCGAGCCGUGCACUCUUUUAUCAGAGAUACGAUCCAAGAUGUGUC